AUGACUUCCAGGCUAACUGAUAUAUCAAGUAAUUGUUUUAUCCUCCCAGACAAGUCUGACGUACCAAUUUAUCCGCUCCCGAGAAAUGAAAGGCUUGGUUGGCAUAAGGGCGGAUUCGAACUUCCGAAAGAUCAUGUUGCAACCACAGCGAAACCUCUUACCGAAUACGCUAUGGGUAGCUUAGAGGAGAAGAAAAAGAGCAAGAAAGUCCUGCUGAGUCCUCCAUCUUCGAGACUUGCUCAAGGAUUCCAAUGGACUUGUGUCCCACCUAAACUAUUUUUGCCGUACAAGGUUCAAGUCUUCCACGAUCAGUCAAAUAUUAUGCGGGCUUUGAAGAUGGCGAAAAAGCAGAAACGUCAGGCUAGUAACGAUUCAUUCCGAAAAUUUCGUAGGCAUUGCCCAUGUUCGACUGUCUUUGAAUCUCGGCAUGUUGAAACGAAGUUUUUAAUUGAUUUUCUUGCCGAAAAGUUAGCUGUUGUUUAA